AUGCGAGGAUGUCUGCAUGUAGCCCGAUGGCUGAGCGCAGCGCCGAAACCUCCGGCUGCGUGUGUCAAGUCGCUGGCUGGACUUCGCUAUAAUUCCCUACGAUCCUUCACAAAUUCUGCGACCUGGAGUGCUCGGUCGAAAUCUGCCUCUAGCUCCCCGGAUACAAACCUCGAACGACGAAUUGCUGCCAUCCCCCUCGACCGAUACCGAAACUUUUGCAUUGUCGCGCACGUCGAUCAUGGAAAGAGUACCCUUUCCGACCGGCUGCUGGAGCUCACUGGCACAAUUCAACCGGGACAGAACAAGCAGGUUCUGGAUAAGCUUGAUGUUGAACGAGAACGAGGAAUCACAGUCAAAGCGCAGACAUGUACGAUGAUCUAUAAGCACAAGGGCGAAGACUACUUGCUGCACUUGGUGGAUACACCAGGGCAUGUGGAUUUUCGUGCAGAAGUCUCGCGUAGUUAUGCCAGCUGUGGUGGUGCUUUGCUGCUGGUGGAUGCCAGUCAAGGCAUUCAAGCACAGACAGUGGCCAAUUUUUACUUGGCUUUCGCCCAAGGCCUUGAGUUGAUUCCUGUCAUUAACAAGGUUGAUCUUCCAUCGGCAGAUCCAGAGCGGGCUCUGGAACAGUUGAGGAACUCAUUUGAGCUGGAUACCGAAAAUACCGUCAUGGUAUCAGCUAAGACCGGACUGAAUAUCGAGGCUAUCCUUCCAACGGUCGUUGAGAAGAUUCCUGCGCCCAUUGGAGACACAGAGAAACCCCUUCGUAUGUUGCUGGUCGACUCUUGGUACGAUUCUUAUAAGGGUGUGAUUCUUUUGGUGCGCGUUUUCGAUGGCGAGGUACGUGCUGGCCAGCAGGUGGUGUCAUUCGCCACGGGCUUGAAGUACUAUGUCGGUGAAGUCGGAAUCAUGUACCCGACGGAGACACCUCAAACAGUUCUCCGUGCGGGCCAAGUUGGAUACAUCUAUUUCAACCCCGGGAUGAAACGAAGCAAGGAAGCUAAGAUCGGUGACACAUUUGCUAGAGUGGGCCAGGAGAAACAAGUCGAGGCUUUGCCUGGUUUUGAAGAACCGAAGUCUAUGGUUUUUGUAGCUGUGUAUCCUGUCAAUGCUGAUCUUUUCGAGCAUUUGGAUGACAGUAUUAACCAGCUUGUGUUGAACGACCGAAGUGUGACGGCGCAAAAAGAGUCUUCUGAGGCCUUGGGAGCUGGAUUCCGCAUGGGCUUCCUGGGUACCCUUCACUGCUCUGUUUUCGAAGACCGUCUGCGUCAGGAACACGGUGCCAGCAUCAUAAUCACACCUCCUUCCGUCCCAGUCAAGGUCGUGUGGAAAGACGGCACGGAGGAAAUCAUUACCAACCCGGCAAAGUUUCCCGAUGACGACAGCGUACGGCUCAAGGUCGCUGAGGUCCAAGAACCCUAUGUCUUGGCAACAUUGACCUUUCCUGAAGAGUACCUGGGAAAGGUUAUCGAGCUUUGCGAAGCCAAUCGAGGCGAACAGCAAAGUAUCGAAUACUUCACCGCAAGCCAGGUUAUCAUGAAAUACGAACUUCCCUUGGCACAUCUUGUGGAUGACUUCUUUGGAAAGUUGAAAGGAGGCACCAAGGGUUAUGCCAGUUUGGAUUACGAAGAGUCCGCCUGGCGAGCAGGAAAUAUUGUCAAGCUCCAGCUUCUGGUGAACAAAGUACCCGUUGACGCUGUGUCGCGACUCAUGCAUAUGAGCCAGGUCAGCCGCCAGGGAAGGACGUGGGUCACUAAGUUCAAAGAGCACGUUGAUCGACAACUGUUCGAGAUUGUGAUCCAGGCUGCUGUUGGCAAGAAAAUCAUCGCCCGUGAAACCAUCAAGCCUUACCGCAAGGAUGUCUUGGCCAAAUUGCAUGCCAGUGAUGUCAGUCGGCGGCGAAAGCUGUUAGAAAAACAGAAAGAGGGCCGAAAAAGACUCCGUGCAGUUGGAAACGUCGUGAUCGAUCACAAAGCAUUCCAGGCCUUCUUGUCAAAAUAA